AAGAGACACCAGUGGUUUCAAAGAAGAGUACCACAGAUCUCAAAGAUCAAAGUAGGUGAAAGGCGUGGAGUAAUAUAAAUGAUUGAAUGUGUGUGUGUAUCCACAAUAUUUUUCGGCAAUUGUUUUAUUUUAAAUGGAUAUUAGAAACCAAACCAUUGUCUCUGGUUUCCUGCUCCUGGGCUUCUUGAAGCUCCCAGAGCAGCAGCCUCUGCUGUUUGGCCUCUUCCUCAGCAUGCAUCUGGUCACUGUGUUGGGAAAUCUGCUCAUCAUCCUGGCCAUUGGCUCAGACCCUCACCUCCACACACCCAUGUACUUCUUCCUGGCCAACCUCUCUUUCAUCGACACCUGUUUCACUUGCACCAUUGUCCCCAAGGUGCUGUUCAACAUGCACACCCACGAUCACACCAUCUCCUACGCUGGGUGUCUCACACAGAUGUUCUUCUUCAUGGUGUUGGCGCUACUGGAUGACUUUCUGCUGGCUGUCAUGGCCUAUGAUCGCUAUGUGGCCAUCUGCCUUCCUCUCCACUACACCAUGAUCAUGGAUCCCCGUCGCUGCCUGCUGCUGCUGGCCACGUCCUGGCUCUGCUCCACUAGCUUGGCCUUUUCACUUGCACUCCUGAUGACUCAGUUCUCCUUCUGCGCCUCCCAUUCCAUCACACACUUCUUCUGUGAUGUUCUCCCACUCCUCAAGCUUGCCUGCUCGGACACCCAUGCCUUUCAGGUCAUCAUGUUCUCUGAAGCUACACUCUCAGGUGUGGUCCCACUCACAUGCAUCCUGAUCUCUUACGCCCACAUCAUGCACACCAUCCUCAGGAUCCCCUCUGCUCGAGGGAAGCACAGAGUCUUCUCCACCUGUGGCUCUCACCUGACAGUGGUCACUCUCUUCUAUGGAACCGUCUUUCUGGUGUAUUUCCAGCCUUCAUCCUCCUACUCAGCAGGCACUGGAAUGGUGGCCUCUGUAGUGUACACAGUGGUCACCCCCAUGCUGAACCCCUUUAUCUACAGUCUGAGGAACAAGGAUAUGAAACAGGCUUUGUGGAGACUCGUUGGCUUAGGAAAAUACUCUGGAAAGGCACAGCUCUAAGCUCCAUAAAAUGCCCUUCUAAACAGAUAUGUCUGUUCAAGGUAGCAGGGACUUCUCAGCAUCAGAGGCAGGUCUGGCAAAUUAUGGAUCUCUCUUGGUAGAACUGGAAUAAGACCUUGGCUGUUGCUGGCCAAGGAUAGCAGUGGAGCCUGGAAGGAGGGAAGGAGUGGUGAGCAUUCCCAACAGAGCGUCACGUCAAAAUGUGCUGUGUUCAUUAGAGCAAGAAAAUGUUUUAGGAAGAGAAAGACUUAAUAAUCACAAGUUUGCUAAAGUAAAUUCUGUAUGGACAGGGCGGUCAGGUGCAGGGAGUCUGGAAGAACCCUAUAUGUAAAGUGCAGGUAAACUGAGAUUAAAUCCAUCUUGGUCAAGGACAAUUUGGCUAAUA